GUGCAAUAUCUCCUUCCAUCAUUGUGCUGUUCUGUGUCGCGGCUACGUGACUUCAACCGCGCGCCUUGAUUGAUUGAUAAUGUACACCGCUAUUGAGCGCACGAGCGACUGCUACACGCCCACAGCACACAGAGUGCUAUUUCCAUGGAAGUGGUAUCGGGUUUUGAAGGGCUACUCAGGAAGGCGCUUUGCGACGGCUGGCGAAGUAUCCUACAAGCUGGGUAGCAAUAAAGAACGGGCGGAAUAUCGCCCCCGCCUCCCAACGUGCGCAUCUUGGCACUUCCUCUUCGCGUUUGCGGGUCGGCUCAUCUGCCUCUUGGCAUUAACCCCUGUCUCCACUGCCCAGGCCUGACCGAUUCACGUUUGCUACUCUCGUACACGGACUGGCGAGGGCCGGGGACAACGAUGGUGCUUGGGAGGUACGAAAAGGUCAUGGUGGAGAUGACCAACAGGGGCAUCGCGCCGGACUCGAUAGUGAUCGACGGGGUAGUAGGCGGCUUCGUGCAGUCGGGCGACGUCGGGGAAGCCAUCUCCUUCGCCCAACACGCUUACAACCAGUACGGUUGUGCGCCGACAGCGGGGAAAUUUUGUAGGGUGGUACACGCCGCGGCGGCGCUGGACGAUGGGCAGCACGAGGCUCGACGAGCAAUCGUCGUGGCGGAGCAGAUGUGGGAGGGUGAUUGGAGAGGGGAAGGGAAAACCAGUCACCCGGUUCUGGGACACGCCAACCUGAGAAGAUUGCUGGAGGAACGAGGGGCUUUCGAUUAUUAAGUCAAUCGGCUUUGAAGAUAUCGUUUUCGCCCCUAUGGUUUUCGCUGUCAGCUAUCCUCGUAUGGUGCCACCUUUUCAGUGCGGUUACCAACAGGAUUAUCUCGACUCAGAGACCGGCGGGCUACAACAUGAUGGCAAUGGUUGUUGGGAACGCGUAGGGAGGGCUAUCGCUCCAGCGCAACCGCUGUGUUAUCUGGCCGAAACCUUCGCGUAUGUGUGGAGUACGCACCGACAACCAUGCAGAGGGUCUGCUUGACUUCGACACUAGCGCAAGCAUGACUUCGUCAGCUGUAAGAUAUCUCAUCCAGCAGCCAGGAUGUUGAACAUGGGGUUAUUUUUACAGUGACAUCGGCUCGAAGAAUCCGUGGUCGGAAUUGGCUUGAAAGGGAUCUCGACCUCGUUAACGUGUCCUUCGUGAGCAUAAACAGACAGCACCAUGAUUUUCCGUACGAACCUUGCGGCGUCGUUGCGUUUUUCGAAGGUGUUACUUGGUGCGACUUUUUCCCACUGGUGUAAGGAGUGUACU